AUGGCAGCACCGCCCCGCAAGCGCAUCGCCGUCCUCGGCUCCCUCAACAUGGACCUGGUCCCCUACGUGCCCCACCACCCGCUGCCGGGCGAGACGCUUACCUCGAGCCGCUUCGGCACCGCGCCCGGCGGCAAGGGCGCCAACCAGGCCGCCGCCGUCGGCAGGCUUUCGCGCAGCCCCGACGCCCUGGCCGACGGCGACGUCGACGUCGCCAUGCUCGGCGCCGUCGGCUCCGACCCCUAUGCCGACGUGCUGCGCUCCAGCCUCGCCUCGUGCGGCGUCGCCACCGACGGCCUCCGUGUCUUGGACGGCCAGCGCACCGGCAUCGCAAUCAUCAUCGUCGACGAGCCCUCGGGCCAGAACCGCAUCAUCCUCUCCCCGGAGGCCAACCACGCCCUCGUCCCCGCCGACUUCGCCGCCCUGCCCGACCCCCGCCCCGAUCUGCUCAUCAUGCAGCUCGAGAUCCGCCUCGACACCGUCCUCCAGGCCCUCGCCGCCGCAAAGGCCGCCAGCGUCCCCGUCCUCCUCAACCCCGCCCCGGCCCAGACCCUGCCCCUCGACGCCUACGUCGGCCUCGCACACCUCAUCCUCAACGAGACCGAGGCCGCCAUCCUCGCCGGCUGCCCCGAGUCCGACCUCGACGACGAGCCCGGCCUGCAGCGCGUCGCCUCCCUCUUCCUCGAGCGCGGCGUCGCAAACGUCGUAGUCACCCUCGGCGGCCGCGGCGUCUACUACGCCACAAAGGCGGGCAAGAGUGCCCUCGUGCCCGCCCACAAGGUCGACGUCGUCGAGACUACUGCCGCCGGCGACACCUUUGUCGGCUCUUACGCCCUGGCCGCCGUGCACGCCAGCCCCGACGACUUUGACAUUGACGGGGCCGUCAAGGCAGCCAACCGCGCCGCGGCCAUUACCGUUUCCAGGAGAGGUUCCCAGUUAUCUAUUCCGUGGAAGGAUGAACUAGAAUAG